GCAGGCUCUGAUCAAAUGGGCAGAAUGGAGCUGUCGAAGUGAGUUCAGACUAGUCUCUUCAGGGCUGAACUUCUCUCCCUUGCAAUAUUGUUUGGGGUGGUGCUGCCAUUUAUUUUUGUGGGUCUGGUCUAAACAAACUCCAGUCCCUUAUAAAGACAGGAUGACUUGUUGGCUCAGUUCAACUCCUGUUCUACUGGGGCUAAAAAGCUUGCCAAAGAGAGGAGUGGGAGGCUCAGAAACAGCGUGCUGAAGGAAGAGUUGUCUGCCCUAAUCUCAGAAUGUCUGAAAUGAGAGUGGAUGCAACAGGGGACUGUCUCACGGAAAUGACAGGAGAUUUCAUUUCUCAGUCUGACACGAAGAGCAACUGCAGCAGUGCAGACCGGGCACCCUCCAACAUAAAUUCUGUGGUCAUCUGCCAAGCAGUUUGCAGAAGUAUCUUCGGCUCUAGCACAUCUUCAGCAGCUGAGAGGGUUAGCCUGAUCCUGAAACAGGAGGAGAAUGAAGAAGCAAGCUGUCCCAUACUAUUUAUACAGCUUUCCGAGCUCUUCAGUACAGCUGAAAGACAGGAAUGGAGGCAAACUGCCAGGUGGAUAAAAUUUGAAGAAAAAGUAGAAGAUGGAGGAGAACGUUGGAGUAAACCUCAUGUCACAACUCUGCCCCUUCAUAGUUUGUUUGAACUUAGGACCUGUAUAAGAAAAGGAGCUGUUCUUCUAGACUUGGAAGCUCAUAGUUUUAAACUAAUAGUUGAGAAAGUGAUUGAGGUCCAGAUAGAGAAACAGGCCUUCAAGCCGGAACUUUUGAAGAAACUUGCCUAUAUCUUACUCCUCAAACCUUAUCAUCAUGCAGCCAAAUCUCAGCUGAAGAUGCUGUUUGAGAUGGGCAUGUCCUUUUGUGCUGAUAGGGCUAACAGACAUUCAGAUGCAAGGUGUGAGGUCUCAGAGGUACCAUUAAUGGAACAGCUAAACAAUCGGUUUAAAAAGAAAAUUCCAGCUGGAACCGAAGUGGCCAACAUUCUUGUAGGAGAAAUCUCUUUCCUGGAAAAGCCCUUCAUUGCUUUUGUGCGCCUGCAAAAGUCAGUGCUUCUUGGAAGCUUGACUGAAGUUGCUUUUCCUAGCAGAUUCCUCUUUAUUCUGUUGGGUCCCAGAGCCAGAUUGAAGGCCUACCAUGAAAUUGGGAGAGCGAUGGCAACUCUCUUAACAGAUGAACUUUUUCAGAAAAUUGCUUGGAAAGCAAAAGAUACUGAAGACCUCAUUGCAGGAAUUGACGAGUUUCUGGAUGACCUGACUGUCUUACCACCAGGCAAAUGGGAUCCAACCAUUCGAAUUUGUCCCCCAAAAAGUUUGCCCUCGCCACAGAAAAGGAUCUCCAUGCGCAUCCGUGACUGGAGUCCUCAGGCUAAUGGAAACAAAUCUGCCAUGGAUGAACGACAGGCUCACGGGCACCCGUACUUAAGUGAAGAGCUGGAGAAGACUGGAAGGCUCUUUGGAGGGUUAUUGAAGGAUAUUCAACGAAAAGCCCCUUGGUAUGGCAGUGACUUCUCUGACGGCCUCAGCCUCCAGUGCCUCUCAGCUAUCCUCUAUAUCUACCUGGCUACAGUCACCAAUGCAAUCACCUUUGGAGGAAUGCUGGGAGAUGCUACAGAUAACAUGCAGGGUGUCCUGGAGAGCUUCCUGGGUACUGCCUUCGCUGGUGCAUUUUUCUGCCUAUUUGCUGGGCAGCCUCUCACCAUCCUGAGUAGCACUGGGCCUGUCCUUGUCUUUGAGCGCCUUCUGUUCUCCUUCAGCAAAGACCACAGCUUGGAUUAUUUAGAGUUCCGCCUCUGGAUUGGCUUAUGGGUGGCCUUCUUUGGCCUUAUCCUGGUGGCUACCGAAGCCAGUUACCUGGUGCAGUACUUCACACGCUUCACUGAGGAAGGCUUCUGUGCCCUCAUCAGCUUCAUUUUCAUCUAUGAUGCGGUGAAGAAGAUGCUGUCCCUGGUGGAACAUUACCCCGUCAAUUGGGAGUAUAAAAUCAAUGACAUCACCUUGUAUAGCUGUACCUGCAAUCGGACUGAGACAGGCAACUCCUCUGUCCUGAACCAGACCCUGUUCUCUAAUUUCAGCAGUUCUGAACAGCAAUCAGAUGUGGAAUCUGGGAACUGGUCCCUCCUGACCAAGGAUCAGUGUAUACAACUAGGGGGCCAUCUAGUGGGCAACAGUUGCAACUACGUGCCUGACAUCACUUUCAUGUCUUUCAUUCUUUUUCUGGGAACAUUGUCCUGUGCUAUGGCCCUGAAAAAAUUUAAAUCAAGUCGCUAUUUUCCCACUGGUGUAAGGAAACUAGUGGGUGACUUCUCCAUUAUUCUGGCUAUCCUCAUCUUCUGUGGAAUUGAUGCUGCUCUUGAAUUAGAGACACCAAAGCUUAUUGUGCCAAACACAUUCCAGCCUACAAAUCCCAAGCGAGAUUGGCUUGUGUUUCCAUUUGGAGCAAAUCCCUGGUGGAUAUACUUAGUGUCUUCAGUACCUGCCAUUCUAGUUAUCAUCCUCAUCUUCAUGGAUCAACAGAUAACAGCUGUCAUUCUCAAUCGCAAGGAAUAUAAACUGCAGAAAGGGGCAGGAUUUCAUCUAGAUUUCCUCUGUGUUUCCCUACUGAUGAUUGUUACAUCGUUUAUGGGCUUGCCCUGGUACGUGUCCGCCACAGUCAUAUCUCUGGCGCAUAUGGACAGCCUCAAGAAAGAAAGCACUACUAGUGCUCCAGGAGAACAGCCAAAGUUCCUUGGAAUCAGGGAGCAGAGAGUAACAGGAUUGGUGGUCUUUAUUCUCACAGGAUUGUCUGUGUUCCUUGCUCCUGUGCUCAAGUUUAUCCCAAUGCCUGUGCUGUAUGGCAUUUUCUUUUAUAUGGGCAUAUCUGCACUUAGCAGUAUUCAGUUCAUGGAGAGACUUCAACUCUUGUUGAUGCCUGCUAAACACCAGCCAGACUUCAUUUAUCUACGCCACGUUCCACUAUGCCAAGUGCAUCUUUACACCUUCAUUCAGAUCUUCUGCCUUGCUGUCCUGUGGCUCAUUAAGUCAACUGCAGCUGCCAUCAUUUUCCCUUUAAUGCUGCUGGCUCUAGUGGGUAUUCGGAAGGCAAUGGAAUACAUCUUCCCUCUACAACAUCUGAGUUGGUUAGAUGAUAUUAUGCCAGAAAAAGACAAAAAAGAGGAAGAAGAAAAGCUGAAGAGGAUACAAGAUCAGGAUGAGAGCGACAAUGAAGAUUCUGAACUUAUGUACCAAGAAAAAGGACCAGAGAUCAAUAUCUCUGUGAACUAGAUGAAGAGGUAUCUAUCAGUUGACAAGCCAAAGAUGAACAUGGAGGGCUUCAAAUUUAAGCAAGUUGGCAGUGACACAUCUAACAAGAAAGACUUGCAAGAAAGAAAGAAAGAAAGAAAGAAAGAAAGAAAGAAAGAAAGAAAGAAAGAAAAGAAAGAAAAGACAACAGUUACACAAAGUAAUUAUAAGCUUCUAGACAAGACUCAGAAAAGUUGGAUCAUGCCCAAAAUGGGGAAGAGCAAAGAAAAUAAAGGAUAUGUUUGGACCAGUAAGUGGAUUUACAUUAUGCCUAUUCAUGUUAUCAAAGAAGAAGAGACUAGAAAUAAAAGAAGGGUAUAGGAUAGUCCUAAGGAUGCUAUGGCCUGGAUAAGAAUAGUUUUAUUUCAAAAUGCAUACUGUUAUUAAGUUCUCUAAUAACUAACACAAAGGCUCACUUUUAAACUUCUACUAGGAAAUUGGUGGCAUUGCAAGAAUCUACUUUCUUGGAAAAAAUUUCCCUGUCAAUAAAUAAGCGCAGGCUCCUUCCCUUAUUAUUAGGGAUGCCCAGACAAAGGUGCUCAGAAUAUUUUGCUCCUGAUAAUUACUCCAGUUUUGUCUCAGCUGGGCCAUCACUAUACAAAACAGAACAAAAUAGAAACCCUGACACAAGAUUUCUAGUUACUUCAGAUAUGUAUAAGGUGUGUGUGUGUGUGUGUGUGUGUGUGUGUGUGUGUGUGUGUGCGCGCGCACACACAUUCUUAUAUUCAGAAAUCUGGCUGAGUUGAGGUCCUGAAGAAAAAGUAAUUUUGAACCCUGUAAAAACCAAAUAUACAUGUACAAAUUUUGUUUUAAGUGUAUUCUCCGUGUCUGUACUAGAUGCAUUGCCUUUAGACUUUCACUGGUCUGAACAUUUUGCAUGAUAUAUAUAGCAAUGGUCAUUUGCAGUGAUGAA